CAGGUCACAAACCCGUGUCCCCUGCUUUGGCAGGCAGACUCUCAACCACUGCGCCACCAGGGAAGCCCUGAAAUGUGUUUUUUGAGAGAAGUUUUCAUUUGAUCGUGUACAUACUUGGCAGUUCCAGACUUUUUCCUGGACUCCCUCCUGGCUAGCUGUGGCACACUAGCCCCCUUCAGGCUGUGUUCAUGCAGCCAACUCCAGUCCUCUCCCUGGGAUCCGACCUCUGAAGCCCAAGCCUCAGCUCCCAGCCCCCACCCAUCCUGGCAGACCUGGCACCCAGUGCCUUGUUGAAUUAGACUGAAGUGCACAGUGGUGUGCUUGAUGUAAUGUGGCCAACAACCCCUUCCAGUAGGUGAUGCUAACCACGAAGGGAGAUGAAUUUGCCCUGUCAGGCCUCUUCUUGGUGUGUUCUGUAUGGACUGCCUCCCUCCUAGAGUAAAUACAUCAACUUAAGAGAGGAACAAAGAAGACUGCAGAUGAAAAAAGAGACAGUAAUAUACAUGCUGUGAGCAUUUGCGGGUAGCAUCACAUAGAUGAUUUCAUCCAUGAGCUCGGAUUUCCCACAUUACAACUUCAGGAUGCCUAAUAUUGGAUUCCAGAAUCUGCCACUCAACAUAUAUAUUGUGGUUUUUGGCACUGCUAUAUUUGUCUUCAUCCUUAGUUUACUCUUCUGUUGCUACUUGAUUAGGCUAAGACAUCAAGCACACAAAGAAUUUUAUGCCUACAAACAGGUUAUAUUGAAAGAAAAAGUAAAAGAACUGAAUUUACAUGAGCUCUGUGCAGUGUGCCUAGAAGACUUCAAGCCUCGAGAUGAGUUGGGGAUUUGUCCAUGUAAGCAUGCCUUCCACAGAAAGUGCCUUAUUAAGUGGCUGGAGGUUCGCAAAGUAUGUCCACUGUGCAACAUGCCGGUUCUGCAGCUGGCCCAGUUGCAUAGUAAGCAGGACCGUGGACCCCCACAGGGGCCCCUCCCUGGGGCAGAGAACAUUGUAUAGCUCAUCACAAGGAUCAAACUGUUGCAGGAGCCAAUGUCUGCGUGGAGCCAGGAGGAGCACAAGCAGUCUCUGUGUUGGCUGCUCUACCUGGGGCACCAGCUGCCACUUCCUUUGUCUAAUGAAGAACUCUUGGGCCAACUAGGCUGGGAACCGAGACUUCUGGGUCUUGUGACAACCAAAGUACUCUGACACUACCCCAUGCCAAGAGAAGAGUAGUAGAUGAGCCUGCAGGUUUGGUUCAAGAAACCUCAUGAGGGUCUCUUGCUAACUCCAUUGCACUCUGUCUCCCAGACACUUAUCUCCAUGUCAAGGUGAAUCUUUAUCAAGCAGAAGGGAUGAUAAACACAAGUGUUAGAGAAGGGAACUGAGGGCAGGUCUUUAAAGCCACCCCCACCCUGACCCUGUGGACACAUGAGCUUCUAUGCAGACCGUGCAUGCCUUUGCAGCAGCAAACCCUCCUGGCAGCCCAAGCCAAGUAAAAACAGUGGUUACCUCAGCCCGAGCACAACCGGCUGCAGUGCCGGAGGCAGUGCCAACAAGCCUUUUCACGUUAUGUCCCUUUGAUAAGGCCAUCUUGGAACCCAAGGGCUUUGGUUACAAAAAAGCAGCAGUACCCGUCACCACUGGUCCUGCCUCAAGUUCACAACACUUGCUUAUCAAAUCAUCUAAGCUAAAAACAUUAGAUGUGCUUGGAAAGGUCUGGUCAAAAGCCAUUUCCUCUUAUUUCCCCUCCUACUCACCAGUGAGGCACAGCCAAGCUGCCCUCAGGAGCCCCAGCAGGGGGUGGGCCUCUGAGCCCAUGCUGUCCCUGCAUGACCUGGGGGCCUCAGGGUGCUGCCCACAUUCCCAUAUAUGCAGUGUGGUUCCAGCAUACCUGCUGGUCUUGGCCCACUGCCUCAGUAGGAAGCUGCUGUAAGCCCCUCACAUGGCUCCAAAGAGGAGCAUCUUACUGACAACAGCCAGUCCUCUUGGCCCUGCUGAGAGGAGGAUGCUAACCCCCUUGCUUCUCCCCAUCCUUCUCUGUUCUCUUCCCUCUCUUGCCCUAUCUCUCUUUCUAAUCAAAAGAAAAUGCCCAUCGUUGACUUAACAAUUUAAAGUAUCCCAAAUAAGAUCCCUAUGUAAUUCUGAAGCCAGGGAAAUGCCAGAAAUUGUGAGUAGUUUCAGGAAGCUCCUGCAAGGCUAUUCACCAUUGGUAUGUGCUUCAGUAUUUGGACUUGGAUAACUAAUUGAAAGUGUCUUUAUAGGGGAGAAAUGCAUGCUGCUCUUUGGCUCUUUCUGUCCAACUUUUCUAGAAAUGACUCAGAGUCCAGCAGGAUGCAUGACUCUUUUAUGUUAGCUAUGUGAAACAGCAUUGGGUCGGAUAGAAAGUUCUCUUCCACAGCCCUGCUCGCCACCUCCCUCCAUCAUAGGGGUGGGACUCCUCAUCAACAGCUUUGCCUCUCUGCUCCAUCCCACAAGUAUGAGUGGGAGCAGUUUCUGGAGGCACUUCCUCAUUGGAAAUACAGCCUGCAUGAUACAGAGAGAGUGGAAGAAACUUCGCUACUCUGUUCAUGGCAUGUCUCCGGGAAUUUUCUUUCCCAGCCUCUACCCUCUUAGAACGGGCGAGGGAACCUGUCCUUGGCUCACGUGGCUGGGAUCAGAUGAGGAGGAAAAUUCCCGUUAGCCUAGAAAAGUGUCGGCAGAAUCCAGUUUGGGAAAUUACAAAUCCAGUUGGUCGGAAUUGGCUGUACCCUAUGUGUGACCUAUUCGUGAUAUGCUAACUGGACGGCUUCUUUAAACAGGGCAAGAGAAGUGUGGAAUAUUUAUAUGAAAGCCUUAGUCCGUCUGGCACCCAUGAAAAUAACUAUUUGUACACUCCUACUUUCACCCUCUGUUCCUGCAUUCUCUAUUUUGUAGCACAAUAGAGUUGAACGCUGCAAAGCACCCAGUUUAUAGUGAAAUGUUUUCAAUGACCAAUAUCAGAAGCAGGCUUACUUUGGACUAGCCUCAUUCAUAGCCAGCACUCACCAUUUUCACAUAAUGGCUUUGGGACAAAUGUCACCUCUUAGUUAUGGGGUUCCAAUAGGAAAUAGAACUUUUCCCUUCAAAGGAGGAAUUCUUGUGUUCUAUACUGCAAAUUAUUUCAUCUCACAGCUUUUGCAAGAUUAUAGCCUUUCAGUGCGUCAGUACCAAGGAGGCAGCCUCACGAAGUCCCUCUAUUUGUAGGGAGGCAAAUUAAUUCAUUUCACAGUGUCACAGCUAAAGGCCAGUUGGACCAGACAUCCAAAGCCUAUCCAUUAGAGGAAAGCUUGAGAGUGCUGUGCACUCCCCACUAGGCACCAUCAUGGGUCUGCUUUACACCAUGACCUCAACACUUGUGAAUGUGCAGGGCUUUUAAAAACCCAGCUCUUCUACUAAGGUGGGGCUUGACACUGGAGUGGUUAAGAGUGUUCGCUAUGCUUGUAGUCAUCUUCCCUUUCUUG